CAUACGCGUAAGCAAUACGAGCGCAGUCCUGCUCCUGCACUUCCAACCUCCAUGAUCACAGCUCCGGACCUGCAACAUACUCCACAGCGCUCGUAAAUCAUGGCAGGUACAAUAUACAACGUUUUACAAGCCAUGGACAACCUUGCGAAUGCACCUGUAUCUUUGGCCGCUCGGAUACUCCAGCCCGCUCCUACGAGUCGACCUUCGCAAAGUACUGCUGAUCUGACACCACCGAAGGUCGUGAAACGUAAGAGGAGGCUAACUCUACCGCUUGAUCCACCUACAGCUGAGGUGUCAGGGAAGGCGAGGUGGUUUAGUAGGGCCGGCCAGCAGCACACGUUUGAUCAGCGGCAAAGCCCCUUGAUGAGGCUUCCUGCUGAGCUGCGGGCAGAGAUCUGGGGAUAUGUCAUUCUCGGAGAUACUGAUGCGGAGAUAGCGGUGCGAUGGCGGAGUACGGGUAGCGGUAGAGGAAGAGCGAUUGCCUUCAAAGUGUUAGCCGAUGGAUCUCAGGGUGAGAGGAAUAUGGGCGUCCUUGGUAUGCUGCGCUCUUGCCGCAUGAUUUAUUCGGAGACAAUCGCUCUCCUCUACAGCCUGCCCAUAUUCUCCUUCCACAACGAGAAGGUGGAGACGUUUCUAGCCUUCAUCUGCGCCAUUUUGCAGCAUCGAAGGGACCAAAUUCGAUACCUUAAUCUUUCCUGGACUAUGUAUACCGCUUUACCCUCUUCGCUUCAGCUACCACCCGUGUUCAAGCUCAACGGGAUGUGGUCGUACAAGCGGAUCAGCAAUAUCAAAGCCCUGUCGGAAUUACCCGAUGCGACGAGUGCUUCGACAGAAAACGGAUACGUCUACUCUCACUGGGUUAUAGACGAAGCACUCAAAAGUUUGAAGGGGCUUGAGAAAGGAGGCGUGAAAAAUGGAGCUGCAUCAACAGGCUGCUUUGCGCAAAAUUCAUCCGACCAUCGGGGAGCCCAAGAUGCACAGACUUCAUCUAACCUAUCGACUUAACUCUCUGAUAUCGAUAGUUUCUACUGUCGACAUUUACUUCAAGUCCAAGAACACCUUCCUCAUCUUGUUGUAAUCAGGCGUUCCGUGACCUGUCACAGGAUCCCAGCCGGGACUAGCUGGGAAGCCCUCAGUGCCACAACCUGGGUUUCCACCAACCGUCACGUCGUUGAACAUCUCAGGGUGCUUGUAGAUGAUGGGGUUCAAGAAACCAAUCGGCCCUUUGCCCUUCUCGAGUCUCUCCUCAUUCAGCAAGUUGAUGAUGCUAGCGAAGAUAGGAGCGGAUGCAGAUGUGCCACCAAUUCCAUAGGUCUUGUUGAGCCACACGGUCGCAAGCUUAAGACCCAGAGCCGAGACAUCAGGGUACGCACGACCAGAGGAGUUGAACACGGCCUCGCCGUAUUUGGGUGCGUACUUGCUGAGGUACUUCUCGACUGCCUUCGACUGCCAAGCCGGACGUGGGAAGACGCUGGAGAAACCGCC